AUGAUGCAGAGAGUGAAUCCAAGGGCGUGUAAGCCGAACUUGGGAGCAUUGUGCCAACCCCGUCGUCAGAAUGCCCUCGCCAAAAUAGCUUGGGGCCGUUCUAUCUACCUUGACCACCGAGUCCGUUUGCAAAAUGCGUACGACCCGGCUGGUGGUGUGACUGAUAAAGACCGGAAGUUGAGUGAGGAUGCUCAUGAGAAACUCGUGCGUGCCGGCUACUUACGCCAGGCGAACGCUGGGAUUUUCCAUUUGAUGCCCCUAGGAUACCGGGUCCAAGACAAGAUCAUGAAGCUCAUUGAGAAGCACAUGCAGAGCAUAGGAGCGUCAAGAUUGGCGCUUGCAACAUUAUCUUCACCAGGCACAUGGGCCAAGUCAGGACGGUUCGAAAAGGCGAUGACCGAGCUGUUUUUGUUUACAGAUCGUAAAGGCAAAGGUUUGCUAUUGUCUCCGACACACGAGGAAGAGAUCACCGCGCUUGUCAAGCAAACUCUCAGCUCAUAUAAGCAAUUGCCAGCAAGACUGUAUCAGAUCACUCCAAAGUUUCGUGACGAGAUGCGACCUCGCAAGGGACUUUUGCGCGGCCGUGAGUUCAUGAUGAAGGACUUAUACACAUUCGAUCUCUCUGUCGAUACCGCCCUCCAAACAUACGAGCAAGUCCGUGCUGCAUAUGACAAGAUAUUCUCUGAGCUUCGUUUGCCUGUCAUGGUUGCCGAGGCCAGUUCAGGAGAUAUUGGAGGUGACCUCAGUCAUGAAUAUCACCUGCCUACGUCUGAAGGAGAAGAUGAUGUCAUUGCUUGCUUUGGGUGCCACUAUAUGGCUAAUUCAGAAGUCGCCGUGAGCAGAUUGCAGCCGCACAACAAAUUGACGCCUGAUGGCGACAAGCCUAAUCAGGGUGUCAGCGUGUGGCGGGCCAUCACCAGGGACAAGAUGACCCUGGUCAAUGUUUGGUAUCCAGAAAGCUCUGAUAUCAGGCUUUCCGCGUGUGGUCGUCCAAACGCCGAGAAGUGGGCAGAAGUUGUCAACUUUCACGCGGUCAAGCGAAUCGCACCCGACCUGGACGCUAAUGUUGAGAACGUUGAAGUUGCUUGGUGGAACUCGGUCGUCGCAAACGGCAGUAAGAGUGGGAGCGUUGACAAAACCGACGAUAAGAAACGGCUCAAAGUGAUCAAUCUGGUUGACGGCAGGCUGUUAUUGCAAGGGGAUAAGCAAAAACUGCAGGAUGCGAUGGAGUUGUCGACCUUGCCUUUUGCCAAAGAGGCAUAUGCCAAGUUUGACGUGUCCCAGGUGACGACCGUCACCGAGAGCAAGGAUGGCGAACUACUGAACCUCAUCAAGAUUCGAGACGGCGACGCUUGCCCCAAGUGCAACUCGGGUACUCUCUCUGUGCGCAAGGCCACUGAGCUCGGCCAUACUUUUCACCUGGGUGACAGGUAUUCGGAACCCAUGGCACUCACUGUCAAGCUUCCAAACACCUCUCAGGCUGAGAGUGACAACAGCAGCGUCUCUGACGAGCAAGACCCAAUAUAUAGCUUUUCCACCAAGAGACAGGGCGAGAUCAAUGUUCAAAUGGGCUGCCAUGGUAUCGGUGUAUCGAGGAUCAUAGCCGCAGUGGCAGAACAUUUCGGCGAUUCUCGAGGUCUCAACUGGCCAAGGGCUAUAGCACCGUACGAGGUUGCCAUCAUCACAAGAAACCAGACUGCACUGGCAGAUGCAGAGAGCAUAUAUGAUCUCUUGAGCGAAGGCGGCGCGGCUGUUACACCAGCGUUCCCUAAACUAGAUCUUGUUUUGGACGACCGUGACAAGACUAUACCUUGGAAGCUGAAGGAUGCAGAUCUCGUAGGCUAUCCCGUUGUCGUUGUUCUCGGGAAAGCCUGGGCUGAGUCAAAACAGUGUGAGGUCCAAUGCCGACAGCUCGGUUUCAAAGAGUUGGUUGCCUUGGAUGACCUGCCAAGUGUUGUAGGCAAACUCCUUGGUCAGCUUUGA